CAUUACGGAUUGGCUUGACUAUUACGACCCUUUGUUUUCUCAGGGCAGCAGGCUUCCCGCUCCCGGUUACCGUGAACGAGAGAGCGAUCGAGCGACAGAGAGCUUAAACAAGAGUUUGAGUUUAAACAGGAAGAGGAAUUUUCUGCAAUAGCGCCUCUGAUCUUUCCGAUUGAUUUUUAGAGGUCUUUCAGGGGAAUCGCUUUAGGAAAAUCUUGGUUGCCGGCCUUUAUUUUGCAGAAAAUUUGCACUGAAGAUUGGAUAUUUUUGUAUGUAACUGGAGAAACGAGAUGGCACGGACGUUGUCACGUUCGCCGGCGUACAGGAGGAGACGUUCUCCAUCUCCUGUUGCACACAGACAUAACCGGAGAAGCAGAAGGGACCGAAGCCGUUCUCCAUAUUCGCAUUCUCAUAGCAGGAGAAAAAGCCGUUCUAUUUCUCCACGACGACGCAGAACCCGUUCACCAACUCCAAGGCGCCGAAAAAGUCGUUCACCAACACCAAGGCGGUACAAGAGACAAAGAAGUAGGAGUAGUACACUCUCUCCACUAGACAGGUCUUGUAGUCCAAGUCUUGGGUCAACAGAACGCAAAAAUACCAUUGAAAAAUUGAAAAAAGAUGAAGAAGAAAAGAAGAGGCGUCAACGUGAGGCAGAGUUGAAACUGUUAGAAGAAGAAACAACAAGGAGAGUUGAAGAUGCAAUUCGGAAAAAGGUUGAAGAGAGAUUGAAUUCUGAGGAGGUCAAACUGGAAAUACAGAAGCGAAUAGAGGAAGGUCAGAAAAAACUUCUUGAUGUGGUCGCUGCUCAACUUGAGAAGGAAAAGGAAGCCGCCCUUAUUGAAGCUAGACAGAAAGCGGAACAAGCUCGAAAAGAGAGAGAAGAGCUGGAUAGGAUGCUUGAAGAGAACCGAAGAAGGGUGGAAGAGUCUCAGAGAAGAGAAGCUUUAGAGCAGCAGCGGAAAGAGGAGGAGCGAUACAGAGAGCUGGAACAGCUCCAAAGGCAAAAAGAAGAGGCUAUGCGAAGGAAGAAAAUGGAAGAGGAGGAACAGCGGGCAAAUCAGAUGAAGUUGGGUAAGAACAAAUCUCGGCCAAAGCUGUCAUUCCAAUUGGCUUGAAGUGAUUGUUUGCAAAGUUUGAAGGCUUUUCCCCCGCCACUUGGGGCAGCAUUGUAAUUGAACGUAAAUCAUGACAGACAUUUCUGUUCAUUGUUAAUUUUAUGUAGUUUUUUCAUUCUUCCGCAUGGCUCAAUUAACUGCUGGCUGCUGGCUGGUUGGCUUUUGAUUGUUUAUGAUUCAUAUAUUCUCGUUUUUGGGCCUAAA